CCGUUAUGUCUUUUGUCGAAACACAUCUGCAUCAGAAGAUGGCGACCUCACAGAAGACACGUUCAUCGAUCAUCGCGCUCCACGAAGUGGGCUUCAGCAAUGGCUACAUUGCCAGGGAACUAGGCGUGUCCAAGCCAACUGUAGUUCGUUGGAUACAGCGCUACAUAGAAACAGGAGAUACCAAGCAUAAGCUUGGAGCAGGCAGGCCUCGUUGCACAACGCCUGCUCAAGACGCAGCGAUCGCAAACAUCAUAGAUAAUGCCCCUUUUACUACGGCCCCAGCUAUCCGUCACCAAACUGGAUUGCCCUGCUCAUCGGAGACAAUUAGAAACCGCCACCACGAACGGGAUCUCCACGCUCGUGUGCCAGCAAAGAAGCCGAAGCUGACCGACCUGGACAUAGAACGCCGGAUGGAGUAUGCACUGGAAUAUGCAGAGAAGCCUGCCCCGUUUUGGGACAACGUUGUCUUCUGUGACGAGAAGACCUUUUCCACUGAUGAGAGAACGACGACAAGAGUAUGGCGCCACAAGAACGAACGGUACGACAGCAGGCAUGUUGUUGGAACCCGAAGAAGUGGCUGA